AUGAAUCCGAUAACCCAGACCAAGAAUCAGAAUGCGAUGAACGAGCGUGAACUGCGACUGGGAUACACAGGCACUGAAAGUAGUUGGCAUAGACAAUACAAAGAUUCUGCCUGGAUUUUCGUCGGUGGGCUUAAUUACGAUUUGACGGAGGGAGAUGUAAUCUGCGUAUUCUCACAGUAUGGCGAAAUCGCCAACAUCAAUCUUGUAAGAGACAAAGAUACCGGUCGCUCGAAAGGAUUUGCCUUCGUGUGUUACGAAAACCAAAAGAGCACCGUCUUGGCCACUGAUAAUCUCAAUGGCAUAAAACUUGCAGGACGCAUAAUUCGCGUGGACCAUGUGGAAAAGUACAAAGUUCCUGCAACUGGAGUGGUCCGUGUUGGACGCGAGGAUGCAAAUCAAGCUGCAACGGGUGUUGGCGAUGGGGAGGCACCUUGGCUGACCGACUUUGUCCGUGAGCAUGGAUGUGGACCAGAAGCUAUGCGCAAGAUCGCUGAAAUUCAGAAAGCGAGAGCUGCUAAGUCACAGCAGCAGUCGGCCGGGAAAUCCUCAUCUCCUCACAGGCUCGAUAAAAAUAAUGGCCUCGGUCACAACGACUCCCCUUCUCCACCGCGUAGGGCCACAAGGGAUCGCUGUCAAUCACCUCAAGGACGCGGGAAAGCGGCCCAUUCACAACGUAAGAUGUUACCAACGCCACGGAAAAGAUUUUCACCUCCUGUUGGCCCUUCAAGGCACGAGCGCAUGCCAUCACCACACACGAAACGACGACACGUUACUCCGCCAAACUAUCCUCCAUCUCAAAAGCCCCAAAAACAUAAUUCUCCUUCCCACCGAAGGUUUAUUUCACCAACAUCUGAAGUCGAUGUAUCUCCGAGACGUAGACUAUCUCCUUCUCCACCUCGCCGUCAGAGAGCGCCUCCCGUGUCGAAUGUCUCUCCACCUAGACGUGGCCGUCCACAUCAAGUCUCACCUUCCCCUCCAAGACAACGGCGGCCCCCACGCGCCUCCCACUCCCCAUCAAAGCAUCAGCGCGUGCGGUCUAGGAGUGUAUCAGUCACUGGAAGGUCCGCUUCUCCAUCCGCUGCAUCCCCCUCUUUACCUAGACGCGGUCGCUUACAUCAGGCUUCACCUUCUCCUAGGCACAGACAACCCUCGCCUGCCUCCUGCUCUCCGCCUAGGCGUCAGCGCGUGCGAUCUAGGAGUCUAUCGAGUCCUAGACGGUAG